AUGCCCUUAAGCCUCUCCCUCUCACGCCCCAAAAACAAGCCCCGCAUCAGCAUAACCCUCCACCCGCGCGGCAAGAACUCCAUAGGCGAGAACCGCGCGCGUCUAAAAUAUUCCGCGUUCCACUGGGGCGUUCUUAUCUCGCCAAAACACGCUUCACAGCCAAGCGGGGUGGGAGAGCAUGUGUCCGCACACGUGCAUUUCGACGUCACGGACUCAAUAUACGUUGACCCCGUCACGGGCGAGAGCAGCGAUGCUUGGCGGUUUCGGGUGAGGAGGUCGACGGACCCUGUGGGCGAGUUUAGGAUUUUGGGGCGGGUUGAAGUGGGGAAGGUACCUCUGCUGUCUUCUGGAUCUGGAUCUGGAUCUCGAUCUGGAUCUGGGGUCGGGUUCGAGGAGCUGGUGGAGAGGGUUCGAGAACGACUCGGUGCGAUCCCGUUGCCUAGGAAGGAGUUCAGGCAGGAGGAGAACUGUGUUAGUUGGACGAGGGCGGCGAUUGGGGGGCUGGGGGAGAUGGGGGUGCUUGGGUUAGGUUUAGGGGAGGGCUUUGAGAUUGAGGAGUUCAUGGAUGUUGCGCUGGGGUUUGCCGAUGAGUGUUUGGCUAGCCUGGGGGAGAAGGGGAUGGGGCGUGUGCUGGAUUAUAGGCCGGGGGUUGGUAAGAGAGUGAAAUAG